CUAUUGUUUUUGCUUGUCUCAGGAUAAAGUCCUCCCUCCUCGCACGGCAAACAAUCACAGAACAAACCACUAAAGGUCUGAUGUAGAAAAUGUUUUUUUUCUACAAAACCUUGCAUUUCCUCUCUACCCUCGUCCCUUCACAGGGCACUAUACCAAACACCAUUUCUAUCCUCUCUUGAAUUCUCUCCCUCCAUCGAACUUCAACCUCAGCUAGACAGUUCCACAAACACCUCCCACUCACACUAAAACCAUCCUCCAACCACCAACCUUACCAUUUGCUAACCUCAUGAAUCAUGGAAAGAUCACACAUAGCAUCAAAGUGAAGUAAACUGCGGGGUACAGCGGUUUUAGCUAAUGGCUUCAACAAGUUCAACACCAAGUGACCCUUCUAUUUCUCUGCAUGAAGACACAGCAAUCAGAGCUGUGAACAAGAGAUAUGAAGGGUUGAUUACUGUUAAAACAAAGGCAAUAAAGGGUAAAGGGGCAUGGUAUUGGGCUCAUUUAGAGCCAAUAUUGAUUAAAAACCCUGAUACAAAUCUCCCUAAAGCAGUAAAACUUAAGUGUUGUUUAUGUGAAGCUGUUUUUUCUGCUUCAAACCCAUCAAGAACUGCCACUGAACAUCUCAAGAAAGGAACUUGUUCUAAUUUUGUAUCAGUUUCAAGGCCCAAUUCAGCAAUUUCUCCGUUGCCUAUAUCUUCUUUGCCUUCCCCACCUUCAAAUAAUCAUAGAAAGAGAAGCUCGCAAAUGGGUACUGCUUUAAAGUCUCUAGCUUUAGUCGAGUCAAAUAAAUACUGCGACCAAGUUGGUUACUUUAAUUCUGGGUUUACUCCAAAAGGUCACGAUUUGGUGUUAUCUGGUGGAAAAGAGGAUUUAGGUGCAUUAGCAAUGUUGGAAGAUAGUGUAAAGAGGCUUAAAAGUCCAAAAGCCUCACCUGGUCCUUUGUUAAACAAGGAACAGGUUGAUUCUGCUCUUGAGUUAUUGAGUGAUUGGUUUUAUGAGGUUUGCGGGUCAGUAUCAUAUUCAAGUCUUGAUCAUCCGAAGUUUAGGGCUUUUCUUAAUCAAGUUGGUUUGCCUUGCUUGUCAAGGAGAGGCUUGUCUGGUGCUAGACUUGACAAUAGGUUUCACGAGGCAAAAUCUGAGGUGGAAGCUAGAAUUAGAGAUGCCAUGUUCUUUCAAGUUGCGUGUAAUGGAUGGAAGAGUAAUAAUUGUUGUAGUGGGGAAGAUAAUUUGGUUAAGUUUAGUGUAAAUCUUCCAAAUGGAACUAUUUUGUAUCACAAGGCCGUGUUAACUGGAGGAGGAUCAGUGUCGUCUAAGUAUGCAGAGGAGAUUAUGUGGGAGGCAGUGACGGGGAUAUGUGGUAGUGGUUUGCAGAGAUGUGUGGGGAUAGUUUCUGAUGAGUACAAGGCUGAGGCAUUGAGGAACUUGGAGAUCCAGUAUCAGUGGAUGGUGAAUCUCUCUUGCCAGGUUCAGGGGUUUACUAGUUUGAUCAAGGAUUUUAGCAAGGAGCAUCAACUUUUCAAGACUGUUACUGAGAAUUGCUUGAAGCUUGCUAAUUUUGUAAAUAAUACAUCUCAAGUUAGGAAUAGCUUCCAGAAGUACAGGAUGCAAGAGCUUGAUUACACUGGGUUGCUUCGAGUUCCUUGGUGCAAAUGUGAUUGUGUAAAGGACUUUGCGCCUGUUUCUGCAAUGUUGGAGGAUGUAUUGAGCUGUGCCCGUGUGCUCCAAAUGGUUAUCUUAGACGAGUCAUAUAAGUUGAUGAGUGUUGAGGAUCCUGUCGCUAGAGAGGUCUCUGGGAUGAUUCAAAGUGAGGCCUUUUGGAAUGAGUUGGAGGCUGUUUAUUCACUAAUGAAGCUCAUCAGAGGGAUGGCUCAAGAGAUUGAGGCUGAGCGGCCAUUGAUAGGGCAUUGCCUUCCUCUCUGGCAAGAACUGAAAGCAAAGGUGAAGGAAUGGUGUGCAAGAUUCAAUAUCGCUGAAGGCCAAGUUGAGAAAAUAGUUGAAAAGAGAUUCAGAAAGAACUAUCACCCAGCGUGGUCUGCUGCGUUUAUACUCGACCCUCGUUAUUUGAUGCGGGACACAAGUGGAAAAUACCUUCCACCUUUCAAGUGCUUGACUCAUGAGCAGGAAAAGGAUGUUGAUAAGCUUAUAACCCGUUUGGCAUCCAGGGAAGAAGCUCAUGUUGCCUUAAUGGAGCUUAUGAAAUGGAGAUCAGAUGGAUUAGACCCGCUGUAUGCGCAGGCUGUUCAGGUUAAACAGCGAGACCCUUUGACUGGAAAGAUGAAAAUUGCAAAUCCUCAAGGCAGCAGGCUAGUGUGGGAAACUUGCCUGAGUGAUUAUAAAACACUAGGGAAGGUUGCAGUUAGGCUUAUCUUUCUCCAUGCGACCUCAAGCGGGUUUAAGUGCAAUUGGUCUUGCAUGAAAUGGUUUUGUAUCCAUAGAAACUCAAGGGUGGGCCUUGAAAGGGCUCAGAAGAUGAUAUUCAUCGCAGCUCAUGCAAAGCUUGAAAGACGUGAUUUCUCAAAUGAAGAAGAAAAGGAUGGAGAGCUAUUCCGCAUGGCAGGAUGUGAAGAUGACAUGCUCAACGAAGUCUUUGUCGAGGCACCAUCAGUAACAACCAAAGAAAGUUGGCAUUGGUACUGGUGUCGUCAAGGCAAAGUAACUUUGAAACAAGUUUUUCUUGUCCAAUAUGGUGAACUAGCACAAAUACUUUCUCAGGAGUGCUUUUCUCAAUAGAUGAGUAAAUGUUGCAAAAAUGGGGUCGACUGGAUUUAUUCAUCAUUAGACAAUGUUGUAUGAAUCAUUUGCAAUGAAUUCAUAUACAGUAACAACCAGCUUUAUUUA